AUGGUUCUAAUACUUUCUGCCACGUGUGUCAUCUCUGUUUCGCUGAUAAAAUUAUUGGCAGAGAGCAGUAAAACAACGGAAUAUGCCAUUCUCGCUUUGUAUGUUGUGACCGCCGCUGGACUGAAUGCUGCUUCGUGUGGUGAUUACAUUUACACCUCAGAACUCUACCCUACACAAAUAAGAAGUGUUGGAAGUGGUUUUGCUACAACCUUUACACGCCUUGCAUGCAUGGCAUCACCUUUCCUCAAACUCGUGGCUUUGGCAGUUCCGUGGGCUCCUGGGAUUAUCAUAGGAACCGGAUGUAUAUUCUCUUCAAUUUUGCUCCAAGCACUUUUACCAGAAACAGGAAACCGUGUCUUACCUCAGACGAUUGAAGAUGUGAACGUGAUACAGAAGAAAAAGAAGAAUAUAAAAAUUCCAACUAUAUCGUAAAGACAAUAAGAUAAUCACUAUAAUUUGCCGUAAUCUCGGUCAGCAAGAUUAGUUUCAUUAGAAAUUCAAGAUGUGAAAUAUAUGCUGGAGUGAUGCAAAUGCAUACAUACUUACGUACAUACAGACUGACCGAUAUAUAGAUAGAUAGAUACAUACAUACAUACAUACAUACAUACAUACAUACAUACAUGCAUGCACACAUACAUACCUAUAGGUAUAUAUGUAUAUAUAGGUGAGAAAGUUGGUAUGUGAAAGCACGUGGUUGGAUGUAUAAAAGAUAAUAAGAGUGAAAAAACUACAGAAGGCUUGUGUUACAUGGUUAAAGUAUAUAUUUAAAUUAUGUCAGAAAAAUGUUAUAAAAUCUU